UUGAACAAGUUAAUUUAAUCCCCUGAAUCACUCUCCACUUCCCCAAGAUUCAACAAAAACCCAGCAGAUUCUCUUGCUACAUUUGAGUAAACCAGACAAAGAUUUGUGGCAAAAUCUUCAUCUUUUCAAGAAUAUCCUCAUCUUAACAUUUUUAAGAUUUCUUACUUUUUUUUUUUACCUUUUUGGGUUCAUGAGGUUCAUAAACUAUAUUUUGUGUAAUUUAAUGAGGGGAAGUUUAUAGUCAGUUUUUCAAACACUUUAUCAAGAGUUUCUGUGUUACAAAGAUGAGGAAACAUGGCUGGCAGCUUCCCUAUCAUCCUCUUCAGGUAGUGGCUGUUUCAGUGUUUCUGGCAUUGGGGUUUGCUUUCUAUGUGUUCUUUGCACCUUUUGUGGGGAAGAAAAAGAUGUAUGAGUAUAUUGUUAUGGGUGUCUACACUCCUCUAAUUACAUCUGCAUUCGGCUUGUAUAUUUGGUGUGCUGGUGCUGAUCCAGCAGAUGCAGGGGUUUUCAAGUCCAGAAAGUAUUGUAAAACCCCUAACAGCCAAACAAAUGCUAGAAAAGAAGGGUCAAACCAUGGUGAAGAAUCGCUAACUAAAGACGCGAAUGAUGAGAGAUCUAAAACCGUAAAAGCCACGCCAUCACCGUCUUGUUUAAUGGCUGUUUUGUGUCUGAUUCCUCGUCCUCUCACGUGCCAUUGCUUGAGCUCAGAAGAGGAGUCUUCUCAACACCAAACAAGUGAAGAUGGCAUGUUUUACUGCAGUUUGUGCGAGGUUGAGGUUUUCAAGUACAGCAAGCACUGCAGAGUAUGUGACAAAUGUGUCGAUCGAUUUGAUCAUCAUUGCAGGUGGCUCAAUAACUGUGUUGGGAAGAAAAACUAUAAAAAGUUCUUCACACUUAUGGUCUCUGCUCUUCUCCUGCUUAUACUACAAUGGUCAACCGGGAUUGUUGUAUUGAUAAGUUGCGCCAUCGACCACAAGAGAUACGAAUCUGAAGUAGCUUCAAAGUUAGGAAGCAGUUUCACAUUAGCUCCUUAUGUUGCAGUUGUGGCAGUAUGCACGAUUUUGGCGAUGAUUGCAACGCUACCGCUUGUCCAGCUCUUCUUCUUUCACGUUCUUCUCAUAAAGAAGGGAAUUAGCACAUAUGAUUAUAUCAUAGCAUUAAGGGAGCAGGAGCAACAAGGAUUUGGGGGCCCACAAAGUCCUCAAAUGUCGCCAGCUAGCUCGCUCACGGGUUUCAGCAGUGUCAGUUCUUUCAAUACAUUCCGUCAAGGAGCUUGGUGUACUCCUCCACGGCUGUUCGUUGAAGAUCAGUAUGAUGUGGUCCCACCUGAGACCAGCUCAGUUAGCUCACUAGGGAAAAAGACACUUGAUGACCCCAUCAAGAAAAAGAACCCUGCAGCUGUGAAGAUAAGCCCAUGGACCUUGGCCCGUUUAAACGCAGAAGACGUCUCAAGAGCCGCAGCAGAGGCCCGAAAGAAGUCUAAGAUCCUGCAACCCGUGUCAAGAAAAGAAGUUGGACAAAUAGGUUCAAACAGGCUCGAAAGGGAUAGAAGCUUCGGACGAAGUGACCGCCACAUGUCCUCUUCGAGGCUAGGAAACAAGCAACAGCUCCGUAUAACAGAGAGCAAAAAUUCUAGCAACAUCGGGAGCGAUAGAUUGACUGAUGAGAUUUUGUCGAGUUUGGUGCCUCUGCAACAUGAAGCUCAUGGUGUGUUCAGAGCCAUCGGUUCGUCACCAGAUAGUAGUAGCUUAGACUCGCCUAACAUUCAACCAUGUACGGUUUCUUCGGGAGCAGGCCGGACCGGGAUGCAUAGAGACAUUCCCGUCUCUGGUAGACCAGAGAAGCAGGGGAUCGUAUCCUUUAAUAGAUCCGUGAGUGACGGAUACGAUGCAUCUGGUGGGGAAGACAGUGACCGUGUCCCAUCACGACCGGCGCAAAGAUCUGGAAACACGAGCGCACGCCUCUUUGAUGUUGAUCAAGAUGACAGGAUAGCUAGACUGAAAAUGCCAUCUUCAUCCUCAAGAUUUGAAUUUGAAAAUUGACUUGUUUAAAGGAUAAUUCAGAUUCUUUAACAUAUGUUUUGGUCAAAAUGAUUGUAACGUGUAAUGAACUAGUAAUCUGCAGUAUUUAACAUUAUUUACAUCAUCCCUAAACACACAGUUGUAACUUGUAAUUCGAAACUUGUAUGUUCAUACUUCAUAUCUAAAACUCAAAAGUACAAACAGAACCGUUAUUCUCGACAUCAUUAAACACGGUAGACAGUAAUUCGGGUACUAAACAAACCUUAAUCAUUCACCUGGAAAAACUGUAACAACAUGAGGCACCUUCUCAUCAUCAAACGGCAAACUAACAUACUCGCGAGCAAACUCCUCGGCAAUCUCAAUCGCCAGUUCACCAUGUAAAGCCUUACAGUACAUAUACAACACGGUAUUCGCCGACACAUUAUGAAGCAAAAACAAAGUCAAGACACUCGUACCGACAAC